AUGUAUGUGCAGACACACAAACAAAAUGAACUUAUCACACACGCAAAGCAAACUUACUUAUCGUCGACACAAUUGCACCUAUUCACCACAAAACAGGACCAGGAAGAGGAGCAGAACAAACAGUUUGAACAACAGCUGCGACAGGUGACCAAUCAGUCGGCGAUGACUGCGCAGACUUCACGCAGCAGCGGCGACAGCUCCGACGAGAGCGAUAGCGAUACUAGGCACAG